UUGUUCCCCCAUCUCUUCCUACCAUGGUGGGGGAAUGGUCCCUCCCCUCCCCAGCUCACUGAAGCUCCCUCCAAAAUCAAAUGCAGAGACUCCAGCAUCUCACAGAGGAAUCCUCGGUAUGAUGAGCAGGUUGUCAACGGACGAUAGGACAGAAGAAGAAAUGAAAGUAUUGAAACAGAUCCUAGGUUUGCUGAGCCUCCAGGUGCUAAGCGAAGAAACAAAUGAUUGCAAGGAAGCAGGGAAGAUUUCCCUAGCCACUGCCACCUCCACCAAGAAACCACCCACGAAACGGGCCAGAUGGAACUUGUUGAAAUGCACUUAUAUGAUGGUCACCUUCCUGUUUGUGUCCUACAACAAAGGAGACUGGUGUUACUGUCACUCCUGCAGCACGGCAGUGGACAUCAGGAACGACCCCUGCUGCUCUUUCUAGCGACCCUGCUCCGUCCCCUCUGGGCGGUCGCCAGUCCUUCAUCUGCCCGCUAGUCUCUCCUCCAAGAACCCUGUCUGCCCGGGACCGCCAGUUUGGAGAGUGACGGACUGGGUCCUCUGAGGGGUGACACCUGUCUCUGCAGGAAAGUGUCCCUGAGGGUCCUGAGGAGGUGGACCCAGGGCGAGCGAGGGCCCUUAAGGGGCUUUCCACACCGCUGUCCCUGGCCUCUUCCCACCUCCCCCCCCCCCCCCACUGUUUCACUAAUUAAAUGUACACUAAUUGAGACCGUGA